AUGGGGCUCCUCUCCGACCCCUACCGCCGGCGGGCCCUCUCCCGCCUCCUCCUGCGGCUCAACACGCCUCUCUGCAUCAUCAGCUUCCUGGUGGGGCUGGGCUGGUUCCUGGGCCUGGCGUUCCACCCCUUCGCGCUGCGGGCCUACAUGUCGGAGAACGCCAUGGGCUCCACCAUGGUGGAGGAGCAGUUCGUGUUCGGGGAGCGCGCCCUCUCUUACGCCCGCGAGUUCGCCGGCCACAAGAAGAAGGCAGGGGGCAUGCCGGUGGCCUGGCUGGAGAAGACCAUGUGGAACCUGGGCCUGGAGGUGUACAAGCAGAGCUUCUCGCGCACGCUGCCCUUCCCUGAUGAGCUACGAGAGAGAUAUAUGGUGAAGGGGACCAACGUCUACGGGAUCCUUCGGGCCCCCCGCGCGGCCAGCACGGAAUCCUUGGUGCUGAGCGUCCCCUGCAGCGAGGGCCAGCAGAACAACCAGGCGGUCGGACUGAUGCUGGCGCUGGCGUCCUACUUCCGAGGUCAGAUCUACUGGGCCAAGGACAUCAUCUUCCUGGUGAACGAGCACGACCUCCUCGGCAUGGAGGCCUGGCUGGAGGCCUAUCACGAUGUCAACAUGACAGCGAUCCAGUCGUCGGGGAUGCUGGGCCGGGCUGGGGCCAUCCAGGCCGCCAUCUCCUUGGAGCUGAACAGUGAUGUCAUCACCAGCUUCGACGUGGCCGUGGAGGGCUUGAACGGGCAGCUGCCCAACCUGGACCUGGUCAACCUCUUCUACGCCUUCUGCCAGAAGAGCAACCUCCUCUGCACCAUUCAGGGCAAGCUUCAGCGCUCUGAGUGGGAUUCGCUGCCAGCCUACCUCCACUCCCUGCAGACGCUGCUGCUAAUGGUGCUGAAGCAGGGCUCCGGCCGGCCUCAGGGCGACCACGGCCUCUUUCUGCGGUACCACAUCGAGGCCAUCACGGUGAGGGGCAUCAACAGCUUUCGCCAGUACAAGUACGACAUGAGCAUCGUGGGCAAAACCCUGGAGGGAAUGUUCCGGAAGCUGAACAACCUACUGGAACGCCUGCACCAGUCCUACUUCUUCUACCUGCUCCCUUCUCUCUCCCGUUUCGUCUCCAUCGGGGUCUACAUGCCAGCCUUCGGCUUCCUCAUCCUCAUCCUCGUUCUGAAGGCUCUGGAUCUGUGGAUGAAGCUGAGCGGUUGCGACGUGGAGCCAGCUGACCAGUCUUGUGACGGAGACACCGUGGCGACAGAGGAGCCCAGACCAAGCCUGCUGGCCCUGGUUCCCCCACUGCUGAUCUGCCACACUGCGGGGCUUGCCCUCUACUUCGUGCCCAUUUUGGGACAGCACAUGGCUACGCACCACUUCCCUGUCUCUGAGUCGGAGGCCGUGGUGCUCACCGUCAUUGCCAUCUACGUGGCGGGGUUGGCGCUGCCCCACAACACACACAGGGUCCUGACUGGCGCAGGAAGUGAUCGUGGCUGGAUGAUGCUGAAGCUGCUCUCCUUGCUAUACCUGGCCAUGCAACUGGGCUGCAUCGCCCUCAUCAACUUCUCCCUGGGCUUCUUGCUGGCGGUCACCAUCGUGCCGGUGGCUGCAGUCGUCCAGCCCACAGGGCCCAAGUCCCUGCAGGCCAUGCUGCUGGUGCUGGUCACCCCGGCUGCCACUCUGCUCUUCUGCAUCUUCCUGUACCACGAGCUCAUCGAGUACCCGAUCACGGCGCUGGAGGGCUGGCAGCGGUUCCUGCAGGCCAUCGCGGAGGGGCUCCUAGACCACCACCUCUAUGGCUCCAUUGUCUUCCCCUUCGUGGCUUUCUUUGUCUAUCCCUGCUGGCUCCUGCUGUGGAACGUGCUCUUCUGGAAGUAGCUCUCCCGGGCGCAGGCUCUGCACUUGGAACCGGCCUG